UCAAAACAAAACAAAACAACUGCGAGUUAGCGAUGAAAGGAAGAAAGACAACAACAAAAUGACUCGCGGCACUUUAGAUGUCUUGUGAAAGGACAUGUACGCAAAUGUCUAAGGGCAUUUUGAAGGCGAGCACACCGAUCUCACCAUCAGAGUCCAGCACAUCCACUUUAAAGUCCACAAAACCGUCAUGUGUGCAUGCAGUCCGUUUUUUAGGAUCAUAUUCUCUGUCCGAUGGGACGGCAGUGCAGAAGAAUUCUAUGAUGUCUCGGAUGUAUCUCCGCACAUCAUGUCCUGCAUCGUUCAGUACGCUUACACAGAAUCCGUUCACAUUUGCCAAGAAAACGUGGCGGAGCUUCUGGUUGCGGCCGAUCGUUUUUUGAUAUCAAAGUUGGUAGAUGCCUGUUGUGACUUUCUGGAGUCACAAUUAUCCCCUGAAAACUGCAUCGGCAUCUUCACGUCCGUCGAGAGUUUCCACUCCUGCUCAAAGCUCUGCAGUAAAGCGAAGUUCUUCAUCUUGAAUCACUUUGAGGAGGUUCUGCGCGUAUCCGAAGAGUUCCUGGAGCUCUCGGCCGAUCAUCUCGUGGAGUUUAUCGGGCGUGAUGAGCUGAACGUCAAACAGGAGGAGAUGGUUUUCGAAGCCGUCCUCCACUGGUUCGAUCGCGCACCUGAAGAGAGUAAAACUCACGUGGCCGUACCUCUGACGAAGGUUCGAAUGGGUUUGAUGGCUUUAGACUACUUUACCAAUAAAGUCAAGAACAACCGGAUGCUGAUGGAGAACCAGUCCUGCGCAUCUGUUAUCUUCAAUGCCGCAAAGGUCUUGUUUGGAGUCAGCACUCUUGGAGCCUCCGACCUAGUCCUCAUGAAAGAACUGACACGUCCACGUCUCCCCCCUGCCAUCUUAUUGGCCAUCGGAGGGUGGAGUAACAACGGUCCCACCAGUAGGAUUGAGUCAUAUAAUGUAAGGGCACACCGCUGGGUGGACGUGACUCAGGUGGACGAUGAAGCCAGAGCCUAUCACGGCACAGUGGCCCUAGACGGCUUCGUCUACUAUAUCGGCGGCUUUGAUAGUGUCAAUUAUUUCCGAAGCGUGAGGAAAUUCAAUCCCAUCACGCAAACUUGGCAUGAGGUGGCCCCCAUGCAUGAAGGACGGUGCUACGUCAGCGUUGCUCUUCUGGAUGGACUGAUUUAUGCCGUUGGUGGACAUGAUGGACACAGACGCCUAAACACUGCUGAGCGAUAUGACCCACAGACAAACAAGUGGACUCAAAUAGCCACCAUGAACCAAUUCAGGAGUGACGCUUGCGCCACCACGCUGCACGGCAAGGUGUAUAUCUGUGGUGGUUUCUCAGGGACUGAAUGUCUCUUCACGGCCGAGAGCUACGAUCCUCAGACGAACCAAUGGACUGUCAUCGCUCCCAUGAUGAACCCCCGCAGCGGUGUCAGUGUCAUUGCGUACGGUGAUCUAGUGUAUGCUGUGGGUGGAUUUAACGGCGUGAACCGUCUGCAGACUGUUGAGGCCUAUAACCCUCAAAGCGACCGCUGGCACGACGUGGAGCCAAUGAUCAAUCAACGCAGUAACUGUGGCAUCGAGGUGCUGGAUGAUCGCAUGUUUGUUGUCGGGGGAUUUAAUGGAUCCAGCACCUGCAGUAACGUGGAGUGUUACGACCACAAGACAAAACGAUGGAGUGAGAUGAAUGACAUGUCCAUACAGCGCAGUGGUCUGAGCCUUUGUGUAUUAUCAGGAUUUCCUGAAGUCACGAAGUACGCGGCCAAUCAGGACUGAGCAACAAAAGCGCAUGAUCGCAGAGUGGACGUGAAUAAAUGCAUUAAAAAAAAGAACAGUGUUUAAACGUUUCAUGUACAGUUAAGGAUGCUGUGGUGGAUAAAGAACGUGCUUGUGGAGUCGAACCCUUCUGUUUAAAGUUUAAUGUAAAACAUUUCAAAUGGUGCCAGAAACAGAUCCAAAACGAUGCACAUUUCACGAUGAUUAUGUUUACUGAGUAAACGCUCAUUUUUAGGUUGUGAAAGAUUCUUUCGGUCUGAGUGAUGAGAAUGUGUUUUGGUUGUUGAGUUUUAUGUCCGUGUGCAUUCUCUCAGCACGUCAUGUUUCUGUGUUCUGGACGGAAUGGCAAUGAAAUGUCCUUUAUUAUGUGUGUGUGAGGCUAUACGCUAGGUAUGUUUCAUGAAUAAGAUGAUGUGUUAAGUGUGAGGAGGAAUCAUCGAAACUCGACCUUAUUUCUGUGCUGUUGAAUUUUAAUGAUUGAAGUCUAACCAGCUUUUGUGUGUACAUGCACAAAGCCCAGCGUUGGGUCAAAAAGAGAUGAACCCAGCCGUUGGGAUGUAAAUGAAC